AUUGCCGGAAGGUUUGCGCGCAGGCGCUGUCGAACCGAACGCGAGGAGUAGGGAGCUGGACACGGCUCAAAGAGCAGUAAAAAACGACAUGGCAGGAUUGCCCCGCAGGAUCAUUAAGGAAACGCAGCGCUUGAUGGCCGAGCCUGUACCUGGUAUCAAGGCGGAGCCGGAUGACGGGAAUGCGCGAUAUUUCCACGUGGUCAUCGCCGGUCCGCAGGAUUCACCUUUUGAAGGUGGAACGUUUAAACUGGAGCUGUUCCUCCCGGAGGAGUACCCCAUGGCUGCUCCGAAGGUCCGUUUCAUGACCAAAAUCUACCACCCCAACGUGGACAAGCUGGGCAGGAUUUGUCUUGACAUUUUGAAAGAUAAAUGGUCUCCGGCUCUGCAGAUCCGUACGGUGCUGCUGUCUAUCCAGGCUCUCCUGAGCGCUCCAAACCCCGACGAUCCGCUGGCCAAUGAUGUAGCCGAACAGUGGAAGAGCAACGAGGCUCAAGCCAUCGAGACAGCCAGAACAUGGACCAGGCUGUAUGCCGGAAACAACAUUGAGGUUUAGAAGAAGAAGAAGAGACGUCAGCGAGGGUGUAACAAUCUCCUCCUGUCUUCUAUUGGGUUUAAGGACACUUUCUCAGACAUAUAAAAACGGCAACAGAAAAAAAAUAUGAUUCAAAACCAACUACUGCAGCCCAUCGGGUGAGUGUAUGAUGUGUCAGUGACUGGCUGUUCCUGGAUCAGCUCAGAGCUAACGUUCGCUCCAAUAUUUGAUCUUUCGGGCUUUGUGUGGUGAUGGUCUGGAGUUCCUCACGGUCACUUCACUGUGGCUGGUCUGAAUGUGUAGUUCAGUCUAUCACAGUGGCUGCGACUGGAUUGUAGGUUUGUGUGUCCUGUGCUCCAGUCCCUGCACCCGGUGUAUGGGUCAUCUUUUUUUUGUUAUGGGGCGUAGAGGGAGGGCUGUUAACGUGGGUUGCAUAUUUGCUGCUGCUUUGUCAGGGACGAUAUGAUGUGAAUUUUUUACUUUUUUCUUUCUCUUCAGCAUGUAGUUAACCCGUGUACAUCAUACCUGACACAACCUGCUCUGAUGUUGUUGUAUUCCAAACAAAGCUUGUGUGAGUGAGUGUGCGUGCGUGUGUUUGUUUGUGUGAAAUCUGUAUGACCUGUCUGGGAAAAUUAAAUCUGUACAUGUUCAGUUUUAGUAAAAAUAUUUUUUGUUAUGUUA